UUGUACCACAUGGAAUGGAAAAACAAAACCAACAAACAAAACAGUAAAACAGAAAGGCGAAUUGAAGACAACUCUUGCGAUGCGAUUACAUAUUUAUAUUGAAAACUGGUCAAAACUGGAAUAAUUUUGAAUGAAAAAGUUGAAAUACUUCGAUCACCUAUAGAAGUAAUGCUGAGAAAGUAUUUUUUUAAUUUAUCCUACAUUGGAUCAAGUUUCAGAGGAGUUUCCAAACACGCCCAUGAAAUUGGUUAUGAUUUUGACUCAACCUCAGUGGCCGGUCUUCUGGAAUUGGCACUGGCGAAGACAUUUGGACGAAAACUGGAUGUUUACGUUUCCAGCAGGACAGAUGCUGGAGUGCAUGCAUUAAAAUCGAGUGCUCACUUCUUAGUCGACUUCUGUGAAAAGCGGCACUCGCAUCUCAGUGCUACUGAGACACUCAAUAGCAAGUUGAAUAACUUUUUCAACAAGAUUGAUUGUGAUAUCAGAGUGAGCAACUUGUGCCAAGUUUCUCUGGAUUUCCAUGCCAGACACAAUGCCCGAGCUCGUACUUACCUGUACAGAUUUGCAGUGUUGAAACCUGAAUUUAAUUCGGAAAUCUCAGCAUCUAGGAAAACCUCUGGAAUUGAACAUUUACCGUUCCCAAUUCUGGAGAGGAAACGGUGCUACUUUUUUAACAAUUCAGUAAUUGAUUGGCAGCAGGCGCAUCAAGUAACAAAAAUCUUGACGGGCUGCCAUGAUUUUGCUGCCUUCAGACACGGAGGUCUAACCGAAGACAAUAUAGACAAAGACACUGUCAAGAAAAUCAACAAACUAGAAUUACGACCUGGAUUGCCUUUGGUCAAUUCUGAGAUUGACCCAGCGGUGGAUUAUUGGGACUUUUGGGAAUUGUACUGCAACGGACAGUCAUUUCUAUACAAGCAGGUGAGACGCUUUAUGACGGUAAUUCUCGCAGUUGGCCGGAACAAUUUAUCAGUUGAUGAUGUACAGCGCAUGAUUGAUUGUCCAGCUAAGUACGGUUGGAAUCCAAGUAUCAAUUUAGUUCCUGCUCACGGUCUCUACUUGCUAAACGUCGAGUACAAUCCGGAAGACCUGAUUUUCAACGACGAUGAAGGCGUUGUUGGAGGAGAGGCGGAAAAAGUUGAAAGCGACGGAGACAAAAGUGACUCGAAGUGACGGACGAGUCUUUUUGGAGAGGGUUGAUGCAGAAGGACAUAGGGUGUUAACUGAGGAGGGUCAAACUUGUUCUGGAUUUGUUGUCGACACCAAACCUGACCUUCAGGUUGGAUGUGUUCUCCCUGGUCUGAUGGUCGGUUCUCAGGACGUUGUUGCGGACAUCAACCUGCUACUCGACCUGAAGGUGACUCAUGUGGUCAGCGUAGGAGUUCCCGACAUUAAGGUGCCUGUUGAGAAUAUUUGCCAC